GCACCUUUCGGCCCAAGUUUAAAUUAAUUGUUUUCGUUACUAUUACUGGAAGACCAUCUAUAUCCCCACAGCACCAUUUCCCAAUUCCCCAAAGGAAUGCAACAGAGUAUCUGGAGCGCGCCACAGGUAGGUGGUUCUGGUGGUGCUUUGAAGGCCUUGGCCAGGAAUGUGGCCAAUCAUCUGAAGCUGAACCGCAGCAAUAUGAAGCGAAUCGUGGCCCAGGUGGUCGCAGAGCACCAUACCCUCGGGGAUGUGGCCGACUACAAGGGUCACAUGUACUUUGCCAAGCCGGAUCGCUUGAAUUUUCACGAGCUGAUUGCCCAGUCCAAGGAGGCCUUCGACGAUCUGCUGCUCCACAAGCCGCGAUCUGUGAAAAAGCAAGCAAUCACACAACGUCCGAAGUAUCCGACCAAUCCCAACGUAAGACUACAGAUGAAGGUGUCGCCGCCGCAAUUGGCAACACCACCAAAGAAGCAGUCCAUUCUUAAAAACGCCGGUCCACCGAAAAAGCAAUCAAGGCCCAAAAUUCGGAGUCGUAAGAAGAGUUCCACCACUAUUUUCCAGCUGGCGGAUGCAGGUCGCCGUAGUCUGAAUGGCGUAAUCAUCGACGAAACACAUUUGCCCCAAGAUGGUGAGCAAAGGGAGAUCCUUUUGCAUGUUCCCCCCUCGCCAGUCAAGCGACCCCGAAAGCGUCUUCGAUUUGCCCAGACCAAGGAUACGGAGAAAUGCCCAGCGCCGAAACCGGAAAAGGAUGCCGACCAGAAGAGGACAGAACCACAGAAGGACGCCGAGAAAAUCACCGAGGAGAAGGUCCUUCAAGUACACAACCAUCUUCCGGAGAUGAAACUUAGCCCAGACCAGAAGCCGCGGCAAGUAAGGAAAAUGCAGGAAAGCCCCCAGAAGGUGCAGACUGGGUCACCUUUUCGCAACCGAUCGGGGUCUCCUUCGGCUCCUCAGGUGCGCCGGUCUCCUUCACCAGGUCGCUUUCACAAAAUGCCAUCUGUGCAGAAAACGAGUCAAUCACUUCGCGCCAAACGAACCCACAAGCCCAUAAAUGUCAAGAGUCGUGUCUUAAGUCAACGCAUUAAGGCGGGUGAAUGCAACCGAAUUGCAUUUGCACCCAAGCCAGCGGUAAGGGCGAAUCCAGUAGAGAAGAUGAGAUCGGGAUCAAAGCAAAGAACACUCAAGAAAAAACCUUUGCCACAAAGGAGCUACGAAAAACCGUGGAUAGUGAAACGGCCUAGGAAAAAACGAUUGGCUGGCGGAGCUCAAUUGCGGAAAAAUCUGGAGCGUCCGAAUAAUAUCGAUGGCAAGCGAAAGGAAAAGUCAGCUAAGGAGGGGAAAGCCCAGCAUUCAGCGAGGAGCAACACGGGCCAGAUUAAGCCCCCAAGAUCAUCGCAUGUUGGUCGACAAAUGCGAAACGUGAACUUCCCGUGGUAUACGCCCUAUCAAUUCCAAGGUGCCGCCGGAGCAACCCAAAUACCAAAUGCCGGGGCCGGCAUACCGCCGUGCCAAUUGCUAAAGGAAAAGAACCGCAAGCUGGUACAACGACUAUCGGUAAUCCAACCAAUAUCCCCAGUUAAACGUCCCAUUUUAACCAGUCGCCAAAGGCACAGUCUCCAGAUGCAGGAGCGUUUGAUAAGAGAUUUGCAGCGGGAAGAGGCCAUCGAUGAUCCACUGAGCAAUGGAUCGGGCAUAUUUCGUCGAGCCCGCGGUGGAUGGCAAAUAUCCCAACCAUCUCAACCGACUCAACCGACUCAACCGUCUCAACCAUCUCAACCAUCUCAGCAAGGAAUCCAGGAACCUGAGCAACCGAAAAAGGAGCAGGAUCAUCGUUCUGUGGAGCGCGUGAGCUCGCGAAUCAAGCGUUCGCCAAGUGGCAGACGCUAUCGCCAGCCCAACGCCACCAGCGAGCGGAUCAUGAUCCCGCCACCGAAGGUGAGCAAGAAAAUUAAUAAGAAACCAAAGUUUCCAAGCCGCCCCAAGCCGAUUCCGCGUGUCCGUCGAAGAUACCGAUCCGUUCCGGUGGACAGCAGUCUGGGAAGCAUCGCCCUGAUGGGUCAGCCGAUGCAAUCGAAGCAAUCGAAGCAAACGCUAACUCCUGCCAAACGUCAUCUGACCAUUGCUUUUAUGAACAAGAGAUCAGAACGAACCCGUGCUGCCUUUCAGCCCUGGAAGUAGAACUAAGCGGCUGAAUCGCAAAUGAAUGAGUAACAAAAACAUGUUCUUUUCAACGCUGCUGGAUUAAUCUAUUGAUUCUGUUUAUUUGUCGGAGCCAAUAAAUUAUCUAGUUGGAAUGCCAAUUAAGUGGCGUUCUUACCCUGUUGA